GUUCACUUGGUAGGCAUCGAUAUCUUCACUUCCAAGAAGUACGAGGAUAUCUGUCCCUCGACUCACAACAUGAAUGUCCCAAAUGUCAGUCGUAGUGACUACCAGCUGAAUGAUAUUCAGAGCGAUGGAUUUUUGGAAUUGAUGGACGAUAACAAUGAAAUACGAGAGGACUUGAAAUUACCAGAAACUGAUUUGGGGAAAGAGAUAAGAAGCAAAUUCGACAAUGGUGAAGGUCUGCUUGUAACUGUUCUGAAAGCCAUGGGAGAAGAAAUGGUUGUUGGCCACAAGGCAUUGCAGAACAAAUAAACAAAUCUACAGCUUUUUGCAAUCCAGGCUAUGGACAUUGAAAGAAAGACGAAAACAAAACCAAAAAAAAAAACAAUAAUAAAACAGACCAUUCUAAGAGAGCAAUCGAACAAGUUUCAUUUACUGGAUGUGUUCUUUCCCUACUCUUGUACCACAGGCACUUGGCUUCUCAAUGAUAAAAAAGUUUAGAGAGCAGUUUCCUUUCUUAUAAUCUAGCCAACCAUGGUUAUUGCAGUACUAGCAUUAGGUAACUUGCUGAGCAAUUCUUGCAUAGUGUAGGAUGAAAGAAAACAAAAGACUGUUAAGAGGAAAGCUUAAAUCUACAAUAGCAGCCAAUGAUGUACUGCUAUUGUAGGUCCAAGUUUUUGUUUCUUUGAUAUUGUUGUCAUUACAGUCAAAGUGAAGGUGAAUGAGUAGUAUUUUUUGGAGACCACAGAAUUCUUGCUUUUAAAUUGCCACAGUUAAAUUGAAUAGCAGAAUGUUUUCUGCAAUAAACAUCUGGUUUGCA